AUGCAAGUCUUAGCCGUCGAAAGAAACGACCAACUUCUUGUCCAAGAACGAGUCGACACCCAAAUCGAAACACGACCGAGAGCAGGCGCAAGAGCUCCAAGAACCGACGCUAGACUCGAAACGGCGAAAGCAGCCGGGGAUCCCAAAAGAUCGAAACCACCUAAAACGGCGGCUAAACACAUCCCACAAGGCCGCCCAAUGUCGGAAGAUGAGAUAGAUGAAGUUGAACCAUCUCGUACCAGAGGUGACUUUGUCGAGAAUGGCAUCGAAUUCGCGGAUGGAAAAGUACCGAGCCACCAUAUGACGCAGCUAACGGUUUUCUGGGAUAACAGAAUCAGAAAAAUUAAGGGUCACGUACCUAUUUCAAUGUUUAAUAAAGCAUGGUUGGAAGCAAAUCACAACAUCGAAGGAAGGAAAGCAUCGAAAAAGAAGAAUAAAGAUGAUGAUGACGAUUCAGAUGAAGACAAAUAUGAAGGUUUAACUUACCCGGUAGAACUGAGGUUGACGUAUGGCGACUGGGUGACAUGUUUCAACUUGUUUUUGGAUUACCUACGAGAUUGGUUUCAUUUCAAGAGAUUGGUGCUGAAAUCCGAAGGCCACAAGAGGAACGUUGAAAGAGUGAAAGCUGAAAACGAUGAUAACUGGAUGGUGGCAUUACGGUACGAUAUCAUGAUAAGGCACGAGAUUGCUAUGACCGAGAUGACAAAAGAGAUGAUUAUGGAUAUUCCGGUAGAUCAAACCAUAACCAUAAGUCUAACGCGAAAGACAGUGCGAAGAAGAAGUGAGUCUUAA